AUGUCUUACUCUGUUGCAAUCGUCAUUGGGUCCCAAGGACUUGCUUGCUCUUUCACUCAUCAUCACAUACACACAUCUUCAUCUUUCACUCAAUCAUCCUUAAGAGUCCUCUCUCACUCGCUUGCUCAAAUGGCUUUCUCAAACAACCCUUCUGGCAACGAGUCCAACGAGCAAUUCCGUUUCAGGAUCAACAGCGAGCUUCUUCUCGACCCGAACGAUCUCCUAGUCGGAAGUAUGAUUGGAGUAGGAGACUACUUCACCGUCUACCAAGGAUGGUUUAGAAACCAGUUUCCCGUGGCGGUGAAGAUAGUGCAGCCAAGAAAGGCAUCUGCUGUAAGCAUAGAGGAAAAAAAAUUGUUUCAAAGGGAAGUUGUGUUACUAUCCAAGAUGAAACAUGAUAACAUUGUGGAGUUCUUUGGAGCUAGCAUAGAGCCACAACUGAUGAUAGUUACCGAACUCAUUGAAGGCGGCACCCUUCAGAAGUACAUGUUGAAUUGUCGUCCGAGUCCUCCUGAUGUAAGGAUGUCACUAGGAUUUGCUUUGGAUAUUUCUCGAGCCAUGGAGUUUUUGCACUCAAAAGGCAUCAUUCACCGUGAUCUAAACCCAAGGAAUUUGUUGGUAACUGGUGAUCAAGAACAUGUGAAAUUGGCUGAUUUUGGAAUUGCAAGAAGAGAGACUAGAGGUGUCAAAAAGACAUUUGAUUCUUGGACCUGUAGAUGGAUGGCUCCAGAGGUAAUUAGCAAUGAGCCGCUGAGAAUUGGAGAGAAAAGGCACUAUGAUCAUAAAGUUGAUGUUUACAGCUUUGCUGUAGUUUUUUGGGAGCUGCUUAGUAAUCAACCACCAUUCCCUAAGGUGCCUAGCCUUUGUGUUUCUUCUCUUGUAAAUAGGGAUGAGAGACCAUGUCUUGGGAAAAUUCCAUAUCAAAUCAUCCCCAUCCUUGAAUCUUGCUGGGAUAAAGAUCCGGAUGCACGGCCUGAGUUCAGGGAAAUUACUGACUCACUGACAAACUUGUUAAGCAAUUUGACCCCAGACACUUAUGCUGAUGAUGAAGCUUAUGACGCUGACAUAGAAGAUUCAGAGAACAGUCCUCAGCAUAGAGAGGUGGACGAAGCUAAGGAGGAGGAGGAUAAGAAGAAGAAGAAGAAAGUGGUGAAGAAAAUGAUUCGUCCUUUCGUGAAGAUGUUCAGGGCUUGUUUUUACAAGCCAUGAUCAACUUUUUUUGUGUUCUCUUUAAAAAUAAAAGAAAGGGCUGUGGUCUUCUUUCGUUGUU